AUGUCGUCCUCAGCACAGCCUGAGAGCAACCCUGUCCGGCCAUCAGGCGGCUCUGCCCCAGAUGAGGCUAUCAUCCCAGCACUGGCGACAGCAUCCGACGACAAGAUCACCCCCGCGAUCGUGGGCGAUGCUGACGUCUCCACCGUCCAAUCAUCCACGGCGGGUAUGAUUAACCGCCCUGACCCUAUGGACUUUGGCCGCCACCGGCGCGAUAAUGUCAACAAGAAACAAAUGGCCAUAGACCACCCCAAGGGGAACAAGCGAAAGCUCACAAAGUUCUACACGCGCCAGAACGAGCUCAUCGACCAGUUCCUCGGAGCCGAUGACGAGGAACGUCUCAAGGUCGAGGAAGAUGAGAAGAAUCAACCCAAGAUCCAGUUCGCCAUCUGGGCCUCGUUUGUUCUCAACUUUCUCCUCUUCGUCAUCCAGCUGUAUGCAGCCGUCUCAACUGGAUCGCUUGCGCUUUUUGCAACGGCCACCGACGCCUUUGUCGUGUCAGAUGGACUUUGUGUCAUCCCUUGUGAUGCUCGUCACCUCGGCCUUGGCCGUCCGUCCGAGUGUGUACAAAUACCCCGUGGUAUGUGGCGCGAACCUGAAGCGAGGUCAUUCAUGCUCACUCCGCAACAGGGACGAACCAGGAUCGAGACCAUCGGCAUCAUCCUCUUCUGCUGCUUGAUGACAACUGUCGCGGUGCAGCUUUUGAUCGACCACCGCAACGACAUUGCCGUCAACAGCUUCGGUCUCAUCAUGGCUAUCGUGGGCAACAGGUUCGUGUGGUACCUCGACCCGCUCGGCGCCAUCCUCAUCGCGCUCCUCAUUCUCUUCUCCUGGGUCUCAAACGCGUUUGAGCAAGUGUGGCUUCUCGUCGGCAAGUCGGCGCCGAGGGCCUUCCUCUCCAAGCUAGUCUACAUGUCCAUGAACCACGACGAGCGCAUCGUCAAGGUCGACACCGUAAGCGCUCAUCCGAGUAGUAAGGCCAGUGGCCAAAUUCUGACGUACAAGCAGUGCCGUGCCUAUCACGCCGGACAGCGGUAUUACGUGGAGAUUGACGUAGUCAUGGACGAGGACACGCCACUUCGAAUCUCGCACGAUGUGGCGCAAGAAUUGCAGCGCAAGGUCGAAGGUCUAGGCGACGUUGAGCGGGCCUUUGUCCACGUCGACUAUGAGCACGACCACAGCAUCCACACGGAACACAAGCCGUUGUUCGAGAAGAAGAAGAAGAGCAGGACGCUGAGAGAGGUUCUGACAAGGACGAAGAAGGAGACAGAGCAGUCAACGCAAGAUGGUGUUACCACGAAGGGAACCUCGUGA